AUGGAGAGCUGCACAAGCUCGAGCUACCUCGACUGGGCAUUAUUGACAUGUGACUGGCUAUCCCUCACACUAGGAUUUGACGGUUUACUGGCAAUAGAAGCCCCAAAAAUCUCAGAUUUGUCACGUGAUCUCGCUAACGGUAUUGUACUGAUUCGGCUUAUUGAGUCUCUUCAAGGCCGAAAGUACUAUGGAAAGAUAUAUGAAGAUGAACCGACGGAAAUCCAAAUGUUACUCAAUGUACAAAUGGCGUUAGACGCUCUCAGAGAGGAUGGCAUAAAGACAGUCAAUAUCGGCAGCCAUGACGUGGUUGAGGGCAACACAAAACUCAUACUCGGACUUAUUUGGUGUCUCAUUCAACGAUAUCAAAUCGCAUCACACAGCAAAAUUCCACCGAAAAAGCUCAUGAUGGCUUGGAUUCAGUCAGUUUUACCGGAAAUGAAACUCACAAACUUCCGGACAAACUGGAAUGAUGGCCGAGCAUUGAGUGCAUUGUUGGAAUACUGCCAGUCCGGUUUGUGUCCCGAGUGGAAAGGAUUGGAUCCUGGGAAAGGCCUGGAAAAUUGUGAACGUGCUUUGAAACUAGCCAGUGAGUAUCUGAACAUCCCACCGAUUAUAUCUGCCACGCACUUGAAUAGCCCUCACUUGGACGAGUUGUCAUGUAUUACUUACUUGUCAUAUUUCAUAAUGAGAGGAGCAUGUGGUUAUCAAGCGACACUCAGACGAGUUCAAACGCUUCUUCCGGACAGCAUAAUUGAAGGUUUUGAAACGUCAUGGAGUGAUGGCUACCUAUUUGCGCUUCUCGUUGAAGCCGUCGGAGGCCCGGUAGUUGAUGUGGAACAGAUGAGAUUCGAUACAUUUGAGGAUUGCGUUGACAAUAUCAAUAUAGUUCUCGAAGCAGCGUCGGAGAUAGGUGUUGGCUCCCUGGUUGGAGCAGAAGAUAUCGCUGAUCCACAAGGGGAGCACUUGGGUAUUAUGGCUCUGGCGGCGGCUUUGUGUGCAGUUGGACCUCAACCGAAUUUCCCGACAACUCAAUGCUUCACUAAUCAGCAGGUGAACCUCGAUCUGGCCUUCGCUGACGGCGGUGAGGUGCGGGUAGACGAACUUGGUGUUCGA